AUGAUUUGCGCAAUAUCAGGUGAGGAGGUCAAGGAUCCGAUUGUUUCGCCCAAAAGUGGGGCUGUAUUCGAAAGGAAAUACAUUGAACAUUUUGUUAGUACAAAUGGUACGGAUCCUAUUAACAAUGAAACAUUAACAAUUGAUGAACUCAUACCAUUGAGAGUUCAAGCCAGUUUCGCAUCCAAUAGUGCUCAGCCAUCCAAUACAUUUAUACCUAAUAUUUUAUCCACAUUGCAAAGCGAAUACAAUGCCAUGGUUGCAGAAAUUUCCACACUUCGAAAAAAUCUUGAGUCAUUACAACAAGAAUUGAGCGUUAGUUUAUAUCGACAAGAUGCUGCAAUUAAUGUGGCAACCAGAGCUAUAAAAGAAAGAGAUGAAGCAAGGGAAGCAUUGGAGAAAUUGACUACUUCAGUAAAGACAAAAAUUAAUAUCGAUGAGAAUGGAGAAAAAGCGGACCAGAUGGAGGAAGAUGAUGGUGUGCACAAUAUCAGUGAUAUACAUCCUGCAAGAGACGAGCUAUUCAAGUCACACAAAGCCUUGAAAGUGAAAUCGCCUUACAAGCUGGAUAAGCUUUCAGUUGUACAGGAUAGGGUGAUUAGUAAAGUAUUUGGUGUAAACGUUGACUUCGUCUUGUUUUGUUCUCACGUCAAGAUCCUCAUUGGUGCUCACAAAAAUGAAGUUUUGCAGUAUGAUGUAAAGAGUGAAACAUUGAAUGUAUGGAAAUCGGGGUUGAAAACAAUUGGCCAAAUUGUGUACAAUAAUAAUGGUAUUCUCGCGGCGGUAACGGGGACCAAAAUAUCGUUUUCAACGGGUGAUACAUUUACGAUGAAAAGGAAGGUCUUGUCAAUUAACACUCAUCCUUCAUUGAAUUUAUUUGUUAUAACGAGUGCAGGUAAUUGGUAUGUGUCAAACACAAAGGAAAUCAUAGCGACGCAUCCAACUGACUCAGACCUUAUCAAAGGUGACAUCCACGGGGAUGGAGAGAUUUUUGCUGCUUAUAAUGGAGAAAAGAUAAAGUUGAUGAGCUUAGUAUCUGGAGAUGAACUUGCUGCGUAUGACAUUGAAAACAAACACGUGCAACAGAUUUCGUUUGCUGCUAACGGGUACUGGCUACUAGUACUAUCUACAUCCGACAAUUCCAACACAAUACAAGUGUUUGAUUUGAGGAAAAAUCUCGAAGUUAACAAGUUGGAAAUUCAAAAAGAUAGGCGCGUAGAUAAAUUUAUUAUUGAUCCAUCGUCAAGUUUGAUUAUCGUUGAGACUGAUUCGAACUACCUGUCUUAUUCUUACCUGAAGAAAACAAAAAGCUGGAGCGAAAUAGAGUCAUUGGAUUUAGCUGCUUCCAAUAAUGAAAAAUUGUUUCUCUAUUCCAAUGGUGAGGAUGUGGUGAAUGAUGGAGACGUGAAAUUUGUGCACUAUAACCCCGACGCAGAUAAUUUGAUUGUGGAAAAGUUAGCUGAAGAGGAAGCGAUAUAG